GCCUACAUUUCGUACACUUCCGCCAAUGUUCGUCAAUGUCGGUAUUCUUCGUGUGGAUUUCGUCAUUUUCCGUUCGAAUUCGAGCCCUGUCGAUAGAACUGAUUUUCGUCGUCUCCCUCGUUCUCCGUGUUGUUGUUCAUCUCGGUGACGCGACAGAGGUGUAGCCUGACGCGGUCUCUUACGUGUCGGUCUGAAUAAAAGUGGAGCUCGGAGGACCCGGGAGUGACGAAGCGAGUCUGUGUCGGGUAAGCAUCCGAUGCGGAGAGGGGGAUAGAAGAAAGCCCUGGUGUGUUGGAGAAAUCGCUCCAAAUCUAACAAAGAGAUCAUGGCGGCGGUGUUGCAGAGCCACACGAUGUUGAGUCAGUCUACAAAGCUAGCCAGCCAGCUAUGUGAGAAUGGCUCUCCAGAGUUCUCCACCCGCCAUUCCAGCCAACUAAAUGACCAUGGAAGCGGGAGCCGAUACACAGCAGGGUGGUGACACAGCUGUUUCUGAGUCUGAGGCCCAGCAGAUCACACUUGCCCAGGUGUCUAUGGCAGCAGGACAGGUCUCCUCCAGCGGCCCCACAGUCACCCUGGUGCAGCUGCCCAACGGUCAGACGGUUCAGGUCCACGGGGUCAUCCAGGCCGCCCAGCCCUCGGUCAUCCAGUCGCCUCAAGUACAGACUGUUCAGAUUUCAACAGUUGCAGAGGACUCCCAGGACUCCCAGGAGUCGGUGGACAGUGUGACAGACUCUCAGAAGAGGAGGGAGAUACUUUCCAGACGUCCUUCCUACAGGAAGAUCCUGAACGACCUGUCGUCUGACGUGUCUGCGGUCCCGCCGAUCGAGGAGGAGAAAUCGGAGGACGACUCGACCCCCGCCAUCACCACCGUUGCCAUGCCCACAUCAUGCCCCAUCUAUCAGACGGCCAGCGGCCAGUACAUUGCCAUCACCCAGGGCGGCGCCAUCCAACUGGCCAAUAACGGUACGGAUGGCAUGCAGGGGAUGCAGACCCUGACCAUGACCAACGCGGCGGGCGCCCAGCAGGGCACCACCAUCCUGCAGUAUGCCCAGACCUCCGAUGGACAGCAAAUCCUGGUGCCCAGCAACCAGGUGGUAAUGCAAGCUGCCUCUGGAGAAGUGCAGACCUACCAGAUCCGUACGGCCAACACCAGCAGCAUGACUCCUGGGAUGGUGAUGGCCUCCUCUCCCGCCUUGUCUGGCCAGGAAGGCCCAGAGGUUGUCGUCACCCGUAAGAGGGAGGUCAGACUGAUGAAGAACAGGGAAGCGGCCCGGGAGUGUCGCCGGAAGAAGAAGGAGUACGUCAAGUGUCUGGAGAACCGUGUGGCCGUCCUGGAGAACCAAAACAAAACCCUCAUUGAGGAACUGAAGUCACUUAAAGACUUGUACUGCCACAAAUCAGAGUAGUGCCCCCCCCCCCCCAUGUACAGAGACUCACCACAGAGCCAUGCAUCUGGCACCACCCUCCCUCCCCCAUUUAUCCCUUUCUUUUUAAAAAGCUCUACCAGUCUAUAAGACCUACAGAAAGAGGAAAAAUAACAACACAAUUUCUCCACUUUUUCACAAGUAUCCCUUUAAAAGGAUGACAUGAGUACCCCUAAAAAGGAUGGCCUCAUAGGUACCCCUUAAAAGGAUGAUGAGUACUUUCCAUCAUGAGUACCCCUAAAAGGAUGAGGUGGAGCACACUGUUUCUCCACCAAUAGAAUGGAGCCCCUAGUGGAAUCUUACAGUGGUAGGUAUCGUGUCUAUCCACGACACCACUGCUGCUAACUAACCAGUAGUCCCCAGUCUCAAGAUGUCAGAUACCAGGAAAACACCAGCCGUGGAGGACUAGGACCCCUCUGCCCACCAUGAACUACCCUAUACAACUAUUGAGUUUGGACCGUCACCUGGCAACACACGUUGAAAAUGAUUUUGGAAAAAUGGUCAUCUUUUUGAGUGCUACACUAUUCAGUAUUUAGGCUGAUGAUUGCUUUAACUCUUCUGUUACUUACUAACACUUUAUGUGGACUGUAGAUCCCAACCACUGUCAGAUGAAAUGUAUUAUCUUUGAGCUUGAGUUGGGUUAUCAUGUAUUGAAUUUUUCUGCUUGCCAACUUUUGUUAUUCAGCAUUGCUAAGUCGGGUGUUUUGGGGUAGGAGAUGGAUUGUGGGUGGAUUGUCUGCAUCAACUAACAGGCAUUAAAAGGUAACCUCAGCGAUAUGACGUAGAUGCAGAAUGUAAACAGCAUAGUGGGUCAAUUUCCACAACUAAGAGUGUUGAAGCGAGAAGCUCAACUCCGCUGUUUUGGUGCCGUGGCUACCACUACAACGUGAAGCGCUACUGUGUGAUGGCAAAGUGUUGCAUCUCGCUCAUCUCAAUAUCUCCGGUGCUGCUCGGGGGGAAAGUCAUUUCGCUGAGUACCUUUUUAAAGAGUUGUGCUAAUGUAAACUGAGCUACCACACAGCUGACAGGAGGAAUUGUGAAAUAUGACUGAAGGGUAGACUAUGGGUGUUGUAUAGUGUGCUUUUAGGCAUUCAUGUAAUGUAUACGAUGUCUGAGGCAGUGUGUGUGUUUGAGUCUCCUUGUUUGUUUCUCCAUGGCCUGAACAGGCAUAAGGCAUAAUCAUAUUGGAGGAUAUCCUAACUUCCACUUAAUCAUGCAUUGACAUCAAUGGGAUUGUAGAGUGAAAGUUAGGAUUAGCCCCACAAUCUCACUUUUUCAUCUGUUGUGCCUCAAAACACUUCUGAUAGAACAAGGGAAGAAGCAUUUUUUUUUAUCAUGUAGUUCGUUAAAAGGGAUAGUUUGCUUGGAUCUGCAGUGAUGACGUAGACCCAUCGCUGACAUUUAGACUGACAACUCGGUCAACAAACGUGGGAUUUACACCAGGGGUGCGUUCAGCAGCUCACAACACUGUGGAACAGAUCCAAAUGUUCAGCUAGAACUGUUUUGUAGAACAGACAUGCCUUUCUGACAUGUAAAAGAAGGAUUCAUGUCAACUAUAUUUCUAUCGGCAAAGUUCCAGAACAUUUGCUUACUGAACCCGGUCUUCUGUUUGAUUGGAUAACGGAAUGCCAUAUUGUAUUAUUUAGUUUUUACGUAGCCAUCUGUCAUAAAUAACAUAUGCAUCUUAUUUUUAAAACACUUGCCAUUUCUGUUCAUAUUUUGUAAACGUUGUAUUUCUUAAUGUCAGCAUUCACUUGUAUGAAAAAAGCAAAACAAUUAUAUUACAGAUUCUACUAUUUGUUUUUGGCAGCUGUUAAUAAAUGUGUUUCUGGUA